GGGAAAGAAAAGAAAAGAAAAGCCUCUUGUCUCCUCGAUCUCAAACAAUCAUUUCUUCAAGUUCUUCUGUGACCAUCUCUUACAUUAAUACAUAGUAUUGUUCCUUAAUAUAAACUUGGUAGUUCAGUGAAGAUGUUCAGGAAUCAAUACGACACUGACGUGACGACAUGGAGUCCGCAGGGGCGUCUAUUUCAAGUGGAGUACGCCAUGGAAGCCGUGAAGCAAGGUUCGGCUGCUAUUGGUCUCCGAUCUAAGACGCAUGUCAUUUUGGCCUGUGUUAAUAAGGCUAAUUCCGAAUUGUCUUCUCACCAGAAGAAGAUUUUCAAGGUAGACGAUCACAUCGGCGUCGCAAUUGCCGGACUCACCGCCGACGGACGUGUUCUCUCCCGCUAUUUGAGAACCGAGUGCAUCAAUCAUAGCUAUACUUAUGAGUCCCCUCUCCCUGUCGGACGAAUUGUUGUUCAACUCGCAGAUAAAGCCCAGGUCUGUACGCAGCGAUCAUGGAAACGACCUUACGGUGUGGGUCUUCUUGUAGCUGGAUUGGAUGAAUCCGGAGCACAUCUCUAUUACAACUGUCCAAGUGGAAACUACUUCGAAUACGAAGCUUUUGCAAUAGGAUCCCGCUCACAAGCUGCAAAGACCUACAUGGAGCGCAAAUUCGAGAACUUCAUGAAAUCCUCACGCGAUGAUCUUCUCAAGGACGCACUCUUUGCAAUCAGGGAAACUCUUCAAGGAGAGAAGCUAAAGAGUUCAAUAUGCACUGUUGCGAUUGUGGGGAUUGACGAACCAUUCCAUAUAUUAGAUAAUGAAACUGUUCAAAAGUUGAUUGAUGAUUUUGAGAUGGCUGAUGAAGAAAUUCCGGCCGCUGCAGAUGAAGAAGUUGGUGGUGGUGAUGCUGCACCGGCCGAUCAAGCCCCUGCUGCUGCUGACCAGAGUGCCCCAACAGAUGAAGGUGCUGCCCCAGCCCCAAUGGAGAUGUGAUCAUGAAUGGAAACAUAAUUGUUUUUUUUUUCUAAGUUAUGGUUGAGACGGACAGGUAUGAUUGUGUUGGAUAAUUGGAGGAUUGUUUUCUCAUGAGCAAUUUAUUUGGGUUCCAUGAGUUAGACCACCCACCACAAACAGCUCGUUUCAGUUGUGUUGGGUUCAAUUGGGUAAAUUUGGUGGUUUUAGUUUUU